AAACUGAUUGAAAAAGCAUAAAAUAAUGCAUCCGCUCAUGAAAAACGUUCUGAAUAUUGCGAUCGCGAUAACGCUGUUAACGAUUUAUAUAUGGCAACUCAGUUGGAUCCACUCAGGACUUACCCUUAUAGAUAUAGAGCUGCAGUGUUGAUGGAUGAACAAAAGGAAACUGAAGCUGUCGAAGAGCUUACAAAAGCCAUAGCGUUUAAACCCGAGCUACAAAUGCUGCAUCUUCGAGCAGCGUUUUAUGAGUCAAUGAGUGAUUACGACUUAGCAUUAAGAGAUUGUGAAGCGGCACUCUGUUUAGAUCCUAAUCACAAAGAGACACUCGAGCUUUAUAACCGAACACUAAAAGAAUCUGCCGAGUUCUAUACAUGAGGUUGUUGUGCAGCUAUUGAGGGCAUAAAAAGACGUUUACGCCCUCCAUUGGUUCAAUCACACGACUGCAGAUUCGCG